AAUAAUCAGAACUCAGCUUUUCAUUCCAACAAAUAUGUACCAAACUUUUACACAUCACAAUAAUCAUCAUCGUAGUUACGAGUACCAAGUUCAUUCGGAAUCCGGCACAGAAAUGAAGCUUUAUCAGCCUAAAAAUAUGAAUUUCAACAAAGAAAAAAACCAGAAUUUUUCUCAUAAAAACAGCAAUAUUAAAAAGCAACACAUUUGAAAGAAAAGCAGUUGGAUUGCCUCUCUAGUGAUGGAACUUUGAUUUCGGUGACACAGUACUUUAUUUUCACCUCUCAUAUUCGAAUCCUGAAAAUGAAGAAAAUACUUCUCAUAACAUCAUUCCUAUCACUGCAAAAAAUUUCAACGUCCGAGUCUUCUCCCAACACGACACAUUAUGACACUGAUGAUUUCAAAACCCUGUUGCUAAAUUAUCCCAAUCAAUUUGUCGACAAAUCAUUGCUAAUCCAGGAAUACCUACAACUAAUUAACGAAAAUAUCUCAACUUUGAUCAUUUUAAGACCCGAAGGUUGGGGGAAAAGCACAAAUAUAAAAAUGCUACAGAAUUUCCUCCAAGUUGAGGUGGACGAAAAAGGGCACCCAUUACUUACAGAACACACCACCAACGAUAAACUUUUCCUCGGUGGUGAAAUUACUUCAGGAUUGGGAAAUCACAACAACCUGAGCCCAUUAAAAAUAUCGAAUUUUCCAAACGCUACACAACAUCUAGGAAAACACCCAACCAUACUCUUGCAGUUGAAAAAUGCAACAGGAAACACUUACGAGCAAAUUGAACUUGGGAUUAAAUCAUGUGUAAUGGAAGUUUACAAAAAUCACGAGUACUUGAUUCAUUCGACGAAAAUAACCAAAAAGGAACAAUUUAAAAGCUAUUUGUUGGGAGAGAUUACCAAGACUGAAUUAAUCUCAAGUAUACAUUUUCUGAGUGAAAAACUUUACGAGCAUUUUGACCAAAAAGUGCACAUAUUGAUCGACGAUUAUGAUAUUCCUUUCAUUAACGCUUUCAUAAAUUAUUGCACAGCAGAUUACCGCAAGGUAGGUAAAUUACUGGGAAGCAUUUACGAAAAAUCUUCGAGAGAAAACUCUUAUCAAAAAAUAACAUUGUAUACUGGUGUAUUUCCAAUUGAAACAAACGUGCAAGUUUAUUAUAAAGAAGAACACUUGAUACAACCUCCAUUCAGCGAGUUCUUCGGAUUUACUCGAGAUGAAGUGAAAGAAUUACUCGAAAAAUCAUCGAUCACAAUUGACCCAGAACAACUGGAGACUUGGUAUGGUGGUUAUAACGUUGGUGGAAAAAAGAACCAUUAUAAUUGUCGAUCUGUGAUCAGAUUUUUAGUCCAUAAAGGUGUCCUGGAUUAUUACGGACCAGCCGUUAAGAUAGACCCACAUAUUAAAAAUUUGUAUCCAAGCAAAAAAGUCGAUAUUGCCCAAAAUUCAUACCACGAAUCAAAUUCCAUCAGUGUACCUUCUAUAAUGGCGGAAUGUAUGAUGAUAAAAAAGACUCAGAGCUCAUACAGAAUUCCAAUUCUUUUUCUACUUAAUGGUCAUUGUAUACGUUCCAAUGAUGAACACGAAGCUCACAGUUUUGGACGCAUUCAAGCCCUAGAUUAUCGUUGGUCUUCUAAUAAUUUCCUUCUAAGAGAUAUCUUAUUUUACAGCGGAUACCUUACGACAAAUGCAAUUCCAUCACAACAGAAAAACAUUAAAUAUUUCCAUCUUUCUAUACCUAACAACGAAACAAAACAUUUUUACCAAAUAAAAGCAUUGCAGUGGUUAUGUCACACACUUCAAAUAGAUGCUGAUGAAUUACAUUCCUUCGUCCAUCUUCUAUCCACAGCCAAGAUAACAGAAUUCCUAAAAACAUUACAGAAUUUCAUACGCAAACCCUCAGUUAGACAGACUUUUGAUUCUGGUGCCCAGUCAGAGUUGUACCACAGUUUUUUGAUAUCAUUAAAACACGUGUUAUCGACCACCCACACAACUGGCUAUGAAAACGAUGGCCAGCUAGAAAAAACAUACGUUUUGCAAGAUCAUCUUCACACCGUCGAAUAUGAAGUUAUAUUUAUUCCGCAGCUGGACCAAAGUGAUACUGCCAUCAUUCUCAGGUACGAGUUGGAAUACAUAGGAGUAUUGAAUUCCACAGCUGAAACAGGGCUCAAAAGAGUCCAAGAGCUUAGCAAGAGAAUUGAUACAAAAACACUUUCCCAUUUGAAAAAGAUUAUUAAAAUUAGUCUAGCAUUUUAUUAUGAAGAUAUGGAAUCACGAUAUAAAAUUGAUAAUAUAUCAUCUUGAAAAGAACAUUUUAUA